UAAUAAGAAAAACUCCAAUCUUUACGUCAAUACCUGUUUUCUAGUUUAUCGUUGUUAUGAUGACGCUGCUCUUUUGACGCAGUGGAGUGGCGUAGGACCGUAGGAGUACAUUGGUCCGAUUUGUAUCUGUUGGUUUCCAAACCCAAACAAAAGCAGAGGAAGGCGAGGAUGAGAAUCCAGACAAGAUUCUUGAAAUGAUACCUAUUCUAGUUCUUGCCUUUUCUUGAUUCCCAAGUCCAGAGGACAAAAUCAUAGCUUGUCUGCUGUUUCCUGGCGAUGGUCUUGCUGGGGCUCUUAAUUUGAUUAUCGAUUGUUGUGAUUAUUGGUCGACGGGUGGACGGCUUUACACCUGUUGAGAGACAGCUCGGUGGAGUUUCUGUUAGUCACAGGGUCGACAGCCGACGACAAGAUCUCAACUUUGCUGGGGGUGGGAGACGGGGGGAUUUUCUUUGGCGAAUGGGGAAGAAGCAGCAUGCGGAUUGGACCUCUGGGUCCAUCAUGAGUGCUGGGGGUGAGAGAGUGUCUCUCUUGAACAAGGAUGCGCGGAAGAAGACGAAGGAAGAUCAGCCAGUUGAGGGCCCUCGAUCAGACCUCGAGAUUGGGGAUGCUGUGGAGGCAGCAAAUGUUGGAUUUUGCAGAGUAUUUUCUCUGGCAAAACCUGAUGCGGGGAAGCUUAUUAUUGGUACCAUCGCACUGCUAGUAGCAUCAACGUCAAGCCUUCUGAUACCAAAAUUUGGAGGAGUGAUAAUAGACAUUGUAUCACGAGACACAAGGACUCCUGCAGAGCAAAUUGAAGCUUUAAAUGCUGUCAAGAACACCAUACUGGAAAUUGUGCUUAUCGUCAUUAUCGGAUCUCUCUGCACUGCACUUCGAGCAUGGCUAUUUACUUCAGCUAGUGAGAGGGUCGUUGCUCGUUUGAGGAAGGACUUAUUCAGUCACCUUAUUAAUCAGGAAAUAGCCUUCUAUGAUGUUACCCGAACCGGUGAACUCCUUAGCAGGCUAUCAGAAGACACCCAAGUCAUAAAGAAUGCUGCAACCACCAAUCUCUCUGAGGCACUCCGGAACUUAACCACUUCAUUUAUUGGAGUCGGCUUCAUGUUCUCAUCAUCAUGGAAAUUAACAUUGCUGGCUUUAGCAGUAGUUCCAGUCAUUUCAGUGGCUGUGCGAAAAUUUGGACGAUAUCUUCGUGAACUCUCCCAUGCAACUCAAGCAGCAGCUGCAGUUGCUGCUUCAAUUGCUGAGGAAUCUUUUGGGGCAAUCCGAACAGUCAGAUCCUUUGCUCAAGAAAGUUACGCAAUAGCAAAUUACUCGGAGAAGGUUGAUGAGACAUUAAAGCUUGGACUUAGACAAGCUAGAGUAAUUGGUCUAUUUUUCGGAGGACUUAAUGCAGCAUCGACUUUAUCUGUUAUUGUGGUGGUGAUAUAUGGAGCAUAUCUAACCAUAACAGGCUCAAUGACUGCAGGAUGCCUCACAUCCUUCAUUCUUUACAGUCUCACUGUUGGGUCAUCGGUCUCCUCGUUGUCAGGACUAUAUACAACUGCCAUGAAAGCUGCAGGUGCAAGUAGGAGAGUCUUCCAGCUUCUUGAUCGUGUCUCCACCAUGGAAAAAUCUGGAGAUAAAUGUCCUGAGGGAAAUCCUGGUGGAGAUGUGGAAUUGGAUGAUGUUUGGUUUGCAUAUCCUUCUCGACCGAGCCAUAUGGUUCUCAAGGGAAUAUCGUUGAAAAUGAGUCCUGGCUCGAAGAUUGCCCUCGUUGGUCCAAGCGGUGGCGGAAAAACUACUAUAGCAAACCUGAUUGAACGGUUUUAUGAUCCUCUAAAAGGAAAAAUACUACUUAAUGGGGUUCCUCUGGUGGAAAUAUCGCAUGAAUAUCUUCACAGAAAGAUAAGCAUAGUGAGUCAGGAGCCUGUUCUAUUCAACUGCUCUAUCGAAGAGAACAUUGCAUAUGGGUUGAGUGGCAGAGCUGCCAUCUCGGAGGUUGAAAACGUAGCAAGAAUGGCAAAUGCCCAUGAUUUCAUAGAGAAUUUCCCAGAGAAAUACCAGACGGUGGUCGGAGAGCGUGGGCUGAGGUUGUCAGGAGGACAGAAACAGAGGAUUGCGAUUGCAAGAGCACUCUUGAUGGACCCGAGAGUCUUGCUACUGGACGAAGCCACGAGCGCCCUUGAUGCCGAAAGUGAAUACUUAGUCCAGGAUGCAAUGGAUUCUCUCAUGAAGGGAAGGACAGUGCUUGUAAUAGCUCAUAGGCUCUCAACCGUGAGAACUGCAGACAGCGUAGCAGUAAUAUCUGAUGGACAGAUAGUAGAGAUCGGGACUCAUGAAGAACUUCUCUGCAGAGACGGCAUUUACACAGCACUCGUUCAGAGGCAACUUCAAGAAGGGCCGAGGGUAUCACUUGAGUCUUGACCACAAUCACGUGUUCAGUGAUGAACUUUAUAUAUACCAGCCGCAUCAGUAUAGGACUAGGAUAAGACCGCAGUUUGCUUCAGUGAACUGGUAUGAGACCGUAGUCUUGGCAGGGUUGGUACUUCACUAUAUACCGAUUCACGAAGAUUCAGGUCGACUGUACCUUCUAAUGGAUUAUAGCAUAAACACCAAAACGAUAAUUGACAUUCUCAGCAUGAUAUCGGCGAGAACUCACAUAAAUCUUAAGGGUAGUUCUCUGUUCUAUGCAA